ACCGAAUCGCCCAGAACAGGAAGAUCAUCGUGUGUCCGAUGAUCGAUGUGAUCGACCAUGACAACUUCGGCUAUGACACACAGGCAGGGGAUGCCAUGCGAGGGGCGUUUGACUGGGAAAUGUACUAUAAACGGAUACCCAUCCCUCCGGAGCUGCAAGGGGACGACCCCAGUGAACCGUUCGAGUCACCAGUGAUGGCAGGUGGACUGUUUUCUGUGGACAGGAAGUGGUUCUGGGAGCUGGGAGGAUACGACACUGGUCUGGAGAUCUGGGGAGGAGAACAGUACGAGAUCUCCUUCAAGGUAAACACGUUAUCAAAUCGAUAGGCUACACACCACAUACUUAUUUGAUUUACAAAUGAAUGUUUUCUACAAAUACAACAUCUUUCUA